CAAAACAAAAAUAGAGAGAAAAAGAUUGAUCUUCAAAAUGUGGCCGGAAGUAGAUAAUACCUCGAGCAUCUCUAUAGACCCUGAGAAGCAGUCACUUCUCUAUCUUCAUACCGAGAAACAUUUCACCGCCGGAGAGAUCGUUCGUGACAUCAUCAUCGGCGUUUCUGACGGUUUAACCGUUCCUUUUGCACUCGCCGCCGGACUCUCCGGCGCUAAUGCCCCUUCUUCCAUCAUACUCACCGCUGGUAUCGCCGAAGUCGCCGCCGGCGCUAUCUCCAUGGGACUCGGCGGGUAUCUAGCGGCCAAGAGCGAAGCGGAUCAUUAUGUGAGAGAGGUGAAACGAGAACAAGAAGAGAUCGUGACCAUUCCUGAUACUGAGGCAGCAGAGGUGGAAGAGAUGUUGGCACACUAUGGAGUAGAGCCACAUGAAGCUUCACCUAUUGUUAAUGCUCUUCGUAACAAUCCUCAAGCAUGGCUUGAUUUUAUGAUGAGGUUUGAGCUGGGAUUAGAGAAGCCCGAUCCUAAAAGAGCGUUACAAAGCGCCUUCACGAUUGCAAUUGCUUAUGUUCUUGGUGGUUUCAUACCCCUGUUUCCCUACAUCUUCAUCCCGCAAGCAAUGGAUGCGGUAGUGGCAUCUGUGGUUAUAACUCUGCUCGCUCUCUUCAUAUUCGGCUUUGGGAAAGGACAUUUCACAGGCAGCAGACCCUUUAGGAGUGCGUUUGAAACGGCUUUUAUUGGAGCGGUAGCCUCAGCCGCUGCUUUUGGUUUGGCUAAAGUGGUGCAACUAUAACAAAAACUACUAUUGCGUUUUAAUGUUUUAAAUGUGGAGACUUGUUUGUUGCAUGCAAUGUGGUCAUUAACCCGGUAAAAGUACAACUUAUUUGGUUGUUCAUUGUUUGGUGUUUGCUUUUUAAAAAUAAUGCUUGAGAGUUGAGAUUGUUU